UGCAACGUAUCAAAUCCUUAAUGAUUUAACUAAUGAACAUUCUUCACAUGGUUCGUUUGAAAAUAGACAAGAAGACAAAUUCAAACUUACAUUAAGUAAUCCUUAAGAUCUGGAAUGUUAAACGUAGGAGCAAAGUCAUGGAAUCAUCAUCACAGCUGAGUUUGUACUUGUAAUGCUUAAAAUACAAGAGCUUCAACUUCCAGCUGUCAAUCAUUUGUCUGUUCUGUCUCUGGUGUUUGUCCUCCUGUUACUUUCUUCAGUUGACCUUUUUCACGAAGUCUCUAUCUUUAUCUCGCCAUUUUCUCCCCUGUGCGCAAGCUUUUUUGAGUUUUGAGGAUUUGAGAGGCAGAGAUCAUGGAGGAAAGCCAAGAACUUGCCUUGACCCAGUUAAGAAAAUCAGUCGAGAAACUCUCUUCUUCCACAGAGGGAUAUGAGAAACCGACAUUGAUGAGGUUCCUGAUUGCAAGAUCAAUGAACCCAAACAAGGCAGCAAAGAUGUUUGUAGACUGGCAAAAGUGGAGAGCCUCCAUGAUACCUCCCUCCGGAUUCAUCCCAGACUCAGAAGUGAAGGAUGAAUUGGAAACCAGAAAGAUGUAUCUUCAGGGUCCAACCAAAUCAGGACAACCUUUGGUAGUUUGCAAAGUCUCCAAGCAUUUUCCUGCCAAGGAUCAACUUCAUUUCAAAAAGUUCCUUGUUCAUGUGCUAGACAAAUCUAUUGCAAGUGCCAUCCAAGGAAAAGAAGUAGGAGAUGAGAAGGUGGCAUGCCUUAUUGAUCUGCAAAACAUUACAUACAAGAACCUUGACGCUCGUGGAACUAUCACCGGCUUUCAAAUCUUACAAGCUUACUACCCGGAACGCCUCUCAAAAUGCUACAUCUUGCAUAUGCCUGGACUUUUCGUGACACUUUGGAGAUUUGUCUGCCGUUUUCUAGACAAAGCAACUAAAGAAAAGAUUGUAAUAGUAACGGACGGUGAAGAACAGCAAAAACUAGAAGAGGAAGUAGGACUAGAUGCAUUGCCUGAAGAAUACGGUGGACGAGCUAAGCUAACAGCAUUCCAAGAUGUUCUUCUUCCUCUGACUACUCCAUGAAUGCUAACACCAAACACUAAUGCUUAGCUCUUUAUUUCUUUUGGGAGCAUUUAAAACCAUAAAACUUGGCGCUUUUCAUGAUUAUAACAAAACUUUUGUUAUUACAA